GGUCUCAAGCUGUCUUGAUUGUGUCUACAAUCAACUAGCUCCUUACCAACGCACAUCUCAACAAUGCAGUGACUAUCUAAGCAUUAUAAAUCCCACCAUAUUCAUCUCUCGAGUUCUGAACACUUCCCGGACUUUGAUCACUUCUCUAAUUGCUUGGCGGAGCCCAAAUAUUCACUGACCUCGCAACACAUGGCACCUCCCUUCAGCAAACCUCACAUUGAACACUCACCCAAGCGAGUGAGAGUUCUAUUUGCAGGGAACUACAUUGUGGAUACGCUCCAAGCGAGAUUGGUUUGGUUCAAACCAUACUACCCAACUUAUUGCUUCCCAGUGGAGGACCUUCCCUCUCAGUACAUCGAAGAAUCAUUUCGAUCCGAUGAUUGUGUUUUAUAUGAUAUCGUCAUCGGGAACAGACGCGCCGAGUCUGCUGUGACGAGAUACCUGAAAGGGGACGUUCAGGGUCUUGUGAACAUCGAGUUCGGUGCGGCGGAUGCUUGGUUCGAGGAAGAUGAGCAGAUAUUUGUGCACCCCAAGGACCCCUAUAAGCGUGUGGACGUCUUACAAUCUUCUCGACAUAUACGAGUCGAGUUGAAUGGCGUCGAAUUCGCCAACACUCGAAGACCACGCCUCCUAUUCGAGACUGGCCUGCACAUACGCACGUACAUCCCCAAGACAGAUUGUCGUAUGGACCUUCUUGUCCCCUCUCAAACAACCACACAAUGUCCCUACAAGGGCAUCGCAAAUUAUUAUCACGUCCGCCUCCCCGAUGGCACGCAGACAGACGAUAUCGUUUGGUGGUACCGGACACCUCACUUGGAAUGUGCCGAGAUUAAAGGUUUCGUCGCGUUCUAUGAUGAGAAGGUAGACGUUUGGGUUGAUGGUGUUAAGCAACCACGACCUCCAAGGAUGGGGGCUUGAAGUUUGAAGUUUAACGUGAAUCGAGGAGGGUGUGUAUUUGUUUUGAUCGCAUAUAUGCAUAUUUUCUUGGUUCAUUUUUGGUCCUUGAGACGUGAUGCAUUGUUCUUGGGCUUUUAUUUUAGGAUAAUCUUGACUCAUUGUUUCGAGACGUACUGCUUGACAAUGCAAGGACUAUUGGCGUCGGGAUUCUUGCUCGAUCAUGUGUUGUGCCAUCGCAGUCAGCGUGCGUUUUCUCAAUCUGAACGUUGUUGGCCGUGUGCGUGUUCGACGACCAAGCCGUAUUCCCGCCGAUCACCUUCAAAUUCGGACAUAGCAU